GUGACAGUUCUUGACAGAGAUGUGUACACAAUAGCAACAUAGUUAAAAAAGGGAAACAACAACACGAAAUUUUUAUUGUUAAUGUUUGUUUGCAAAUAGUCAAAAAUUCCGGAGCCUUUUUCUACGUUUUUCGUUAAAUUAUUGAAAAUCCCAUCAACGACCAUGUCGAAAAGAUGCUGUGCCACGAAUUGUUUCAAUUCGUUGCUGUCCAACAAAAAAGUCGAAUACUUUGGCAUUCCCCGACAUGCAGAUUUCGCAAGAGCAUGGUGUGUGGCUGCCUCACGCGAAGAUCUUUUAGAAAAGCCAUUGAACAACAUCAUCAAAUACCACAUCUGUUCGGAACAUUUCACCGACGAUUGCUUCAAAGAUCCACAUGAACGAAAAUUGCUGAAAAAAACCAGUCGUCCGGUGAACGUUCCUAUUCCGACCAUAUUCAAAAAUAACAUCGACCAGUUCCUGUACAAAAACAACAGCAACAACAAAUACAGUCCGAACAACAGCAUAUCCAAUGUCGAUCAAACGUUAUCGCAAUUAUCGUCAAUUGAUUCGAUCGAUUGUGUCGGAAACGGUACUGGUGUGGCUGAGCUCACCAGCGUUCAGAUUUUGGACGACGAUUCGUUGUACUUAGGCAAGUCACAAGAAUACGAUAUCGAUGGCAUGGAGGCGUACUGUUUGGCUACGAAUGCCGAAGGUCCCAUACAAAUUUACCGGAACAAUGAUGUUGAAUUUAUGAUGGAAGAGCGACUGGAGGAUGAUGAACCGGCCGACGAUAUUUAUGAUGAGUUCGCUGAAGAUGUCAAAUACAAUUGUGAUACGAUAGUAGUGAAGGAAGUAGAUUACGAAAAUGUGUGCCGUCUCUGUGCGGAUACGGUGCCGAAUGGUAGCGAUAUGGUAGAUCUGUUCGCGCCGAAUUUACGUCAAUCGCUGGAUCAUAUCAAUAAAUCAUUACCCAGACAGAUUCACAAAGACGACCAAACCACACUGCCACAACGAAUAUGUUUGAAUUGUUUAAACAAACUGGAAACGUUAUCACAAACAUUAGGAUUAUUUGCAGCAGCCCAAGAAAGAUUUCAACAAUAAAAUCCAACAUUUUGACCCCGUAGCAAUUGGUUCAUUCCCGAUUCGAUAAAUGUAUCCACUACACACCGUCUGCCACAAAUACUCACAACAAUGAAGGAUCGAAACAUUUAGCACAUCACAAAAUCGUCGCAUUUUAUUGAUAGAAUCGAUGAGGGAGCCGAAUUAAAAAGGAAAAAACGAAAAUGCAAAAGUCAACCGGAUACAUGUUAGCUAUGAGAAUUCUUAUGUUAUUUCAAUUUCUGUACAGUGCGAUCUCACUAGGACUCGGAUACGAGCACUGCCGGCUUAACGGGAACGAAUAUUUAAGAUUCACAAGGAAAUUGAUUAUUUUACUGGCAGCUCGUAGCCGCAAGUGAUUAACGCAAUGCUGUCGACAUGUAAAGAGCAACUCUAUAAAUAGCGUAACGACAAUGAAUGUGACAAAAUUAAAUGAAAUUGAAUUCACCUAAUAAUUUCCGUUUUGGGUUUGAUUUUGAAUCUUUUUUAUUUUCAAAUAUUUUUCCAAUAAAGUUAUUUAAAAAA